UGGAAAACAAAAGACAAAAAAGUACACAACCCAACUCACAUGGUUAUACCCUGCCAGAGAAGGAGGAUUACACACUGGUGGAUAUUGAAGUUCUAAGAGUGGACAUUGCAUUCUGCAAAAUCAUUGAGUUCUGAGUUCACUUGCAGUCUAAGGGAAGCCAUGCAGGAUGAAGAUGGAUACGUCACCCUGAAUGUUAAAUCUCGAAAACCAGCUUUCCCCUCAGUGCAUCCUGCUUCUUCCUCUGUGUGGCGAGUGACGGCUUUGGUUCUGCUGGUCUCAUGCAUGGGGCUGGUUGCUGGACUGGUGACGCUGGGGAUUAUGUCUGUCCCACAGAAAAAUUACUUACAAGGAGAGAAUCAACAUCUCUCAGGAACUCUGCAACAAUUAGCACAGCGCUUCUGCCAGUAUUUAAUCAAACAAUCAGAACAAAAAAGCCAUAAAUGCAGCCCCUGUGGCACGAACUGGAGAUAUCAUGGAAAUAGCUGCUAUGGGUUCUUCAAGCACAACCGGACGUGGAAAGAGAGUAAGCAUUACUGCUCUGACCUGAAUGCAACUCUUCUGAAGAUUUCCAGCCAGCACAUUCUGGAAUAUAUCAAAUCCAGAACUAGUUUAAUGCGUUGGAUUGGAUUAUCCCGCCAGAACUCUAAUGAGGAUUGGAAGUGGGAAGAUGGCUCAGUUUUGUCCAAAAAUAGCUUUGAGCUUUACGGAGAGGAAGGAGAAAAUAAGAACUGUGCUUAUUUUCAUAAGGGGAAAGUGCACCGUACCGACUGUGAGAGCAAGCAUUAUUUAAUAUGCGAGAAGAAGGCUGGCCUGGUGAAAGUGGAACAACUACUUUAAUGCAGAGAGACGGACAGGGCAUCAAGACAAGUGCUUGAUUGUAUAAUAAAUCGUCUAAAUGAAGGAA